UUAUUCGAAAAAUCUAGGCCAGACAGGGACGCGUCUUUAAAAAUAUUGGGUCGUGUUUCUGGUCUAGUUUUAAAUUUUUCCUCGGUUUCAGGUCAAAAAUUCCAUGUCUCAGGGACUAAUUGGAACCCUAACCCUUACUCCUUUCUGAAUAACAUAGACAAAACCAAAUUAGAAUUUCGUGUCUUUUUCCUGUAUCUAUCCAUGGCAAUUUUAAAUACGUUUUUAAAAUUUUUUCUAAAAAAAUUUUUUAAUGGUUUAUUGGCCGUUUUUCUCAUUUUAAACAAAAAUUUUCAGUCAAAUUUUUUAACUUUUUUUAUUUUACAAAAUUGUAUAGACUACUUAAAAAUGUUACAUUAUUCCAUCCCCUCUCUCCAAUUUGUCCAUUAUUUUAUUUUUCCAGUUUUUUUCAAAACUAACUAA